AUGAAUUUAAUUUUUUGCGUACUUUGGUGUUGCGUUUGGUCGGGUUCUUUGGCUCAUAACGGUAGUUUUAUGAGACUGGUGGGAGUAGGAAAACCAAAUUUGACAACAACAACUAGAAGUCUGAUUAUCGAGAACAAAUGGUUUAAACAGAAAGUGGAUCAUUUUAAUCCCUCUGAUAAAAGAACGUGGAACCAGAGGUAUCAAAUGAAUUUGAAAUACUAUAAACAUGGUGGCCCAAUAUUUUUGAAUAUAGGAGGAGAAGAAGAAAUUUCACAUGAUUGGAUGACUUCUGGUGCUUGGAUUGAAUAUGCUAAAAAAUGUAAUGCCAUAUGUUUUCAAUUGGAACAUCGGUAUUAUGGAAGAAGCCAUCCCACUGAUAAUUUAAACACUAACAAUUUAAUGUACUUGACUAUUGAACAAGCAUUAGCUGACUUGGAAACAUUUAUACGCACCAUUUCAAAAGAUAAUGAAGCACUAAAUGCUAAAUGGGUAGUAUUUGGAGGGUCUUAUUCUGGAAGUUUAGCUGCCUGGUUAAGAAUGAAAUAUCCACAUCUCGUACACGCAGCAGUUUCAUCAAGUAGCCCUUUAAAGGCAAAAAUAAAUUAUAAAGAAUAUUAUAUGGUUGUCCAAAAUGUACUAUCAACUUAUAAUCCAAGAUGUGCAUCAUAUAUAAGAUCAGCAACUUUAUCGAUUAGCGAUUUGUUAAAAUACAAGGAUGGAGCAAAAUAUAUUAAUAGCAAAUUCAAAACGUGCAGUAGUAUUCCAGCAGGAAAUCAAAAAGAUAAAACACAAUUGCUUAGUAACCUAGCUCUACCCAUUGCACAAACUGUACAAUACAACAAAGGUAACAUAUAUAACGGAAAUGCGUCUUCCGCAUUAGAAGGAAUAUGCAAUAUGAUGUUAGACAGGUCUUUAGGAAAUCCACUUGAAAGAUAUACAGUCGUACACGAAAAAUUAAGAUCCGUCAAUAAUCAAAAAUGUUUAUCGGGUACAUAUGAAACUGCACUUUCCGCUUUUAAGAAAACAUCUUGGAACUCAGGAAAUGUAAAAACAGGAGAUCGACAAAUGUUGUACCAAGUCUGUACAGAGAUUGGUAAUUUUGUAACAUCAAACAAUUUUAAUCACUUAUUUAGUGAUACCAUACCAUUAAACUUUUUUAUUGAUAUGUGUAAGGAUGUUUUUGGAACAUUUAACUCGACGAAAUUACAUAAGGCUAUCAAAAAAACAAAUGAGAUGUACCAAAUUUUAAAAAAUAAAACGAGCAGGAUUAUUUAUUUGCACGGUUCUGUCGAUCCGUGGAAUAGGUUAGGUCUUACUCGACUAAACACAAAAGACUCCAUUUCCAUUACCAUUAAAGGAGUAUCACAUUGUGCUGAUACAUAUCCUUCUCAGUCAUUGGACCCUCCACAGUUAACGAAAGCUCGUGAAACUGUUACAUAUUAUGUACAAAAGUGGUUGAAAGAAAAAAAUUGAUG